AAAUUUCUCUUCACUGUUGCAGAUGGCAAACAGUGUCUUCGGUCAGUCCGGGUCAUCGUCACUUCCUUUCGGCGUCCCGAAUCCAAUGAGCAUUUUCUCUCAAGGACAGUCAUCUGGUAGUGGAUCUGGAUCUUCUGAUAGCGGAUCUGGAUCAUCUGGUAGUGGGUCGGGAGCACUUGGCCCCUUCGAAAUACCAGGAGAGUUCGCCGAUGCUGUGUUCGGAGCUGGGCAGUCGGGGUCACAAGGAGGUCUGACUCCACAAAAUUUGGUCUCCUAUUGUCAGCAAGUGUGUAACCUUGCAGUGCCUUCCUCCAAAGCAAGGCGUCCAGAGGCGUCAGGUCGGAAAGGAGCAUCCCACGGCCACAAGGAGCGCCACGCCAGCCGGUCUGCACUUCCGCAGCACGCCGCUGUUAAGCACACUCGGCAGUCCGGAUCAUCCUCCAGCGGCAUCUGCCCCACCUUCUGCCAGAACUUAGACUCGUUCGUUCCCGGCUUCGGAAGCUCGUCUCAGAGCUCAUCCUCGGGCAGCUCAGCAGGUUCCACUGGUGAGUCUGGAACCAGUACACAAACUUCCAGUGACAGCCAAGGUGGAUCUACAACUGGUUCGGAAGAAUCUUCGUAGAGUUCCAGCGGUACCCCAGUAAAACCUUCAGAUCACUUUAAUCCGUCGUAAUAUAUCUGAACCAUCUCGCUUUCAGAUCGGAAGCUUUGGACAUUGAAACAGGCCACGUAAAUCUAAAAACUAGUGUAGUUCUCUUUUUUCAGAUCGGCUCGUCUGCACUCCUAUCUAUCUUAUAAUAUAGGUUCUUAGUGACAAUGAUCAGAGUGCACACACAAUGGAAACCGUACGCAGACCCAAGCAAAACUAACCGUUUUGAUUUUCUAUCUCAAGCGUACUGUUGGCAGUCACAGAGGAACUAUAAAAUAUUAUUAAUUUAGCAUCUAAAUAGCCAAUUAUUUACGCGUCUGAUGAUUAUGUUCGUAAAUGUUAUUAUAAUAUGGGUUUUUGAAAACUGUAAUUUAAAUACAUGUAGAGUUUUAACCAUUGAAAUAAAUAGCUAACUAACGCAUAAAAA